GGAAGAAGCCGUUUCAUACCAAACGUCACUUCCGCUGACCGCAGUUGAAGGCGAUCAGCACUUCCAUCAAUGUUGCGCCUCAUCACCGCAUCACUGUGCCUUCAGUGCCACCGCGUUAAAUCUUUCCCUUCGAACCUCAGACCAUGUGGGACACUCAGCUCGUCAGAGAACCAACAGACUGUGGAGGCUCUCUAUGGUCUCUCUGUGGACAUCCAAAAGGUGAGAAAGCUUAAAGGCUGGGUCCUGCAUCAGAAUCCGGCCUAUACAAAGGAGGUUGCAGAUUUGUUGAAGGAACUGGGUGCCUCGGGGAGCAUCAUCUCUCAGAUCUUAACGGUUUACCCUGAGGCUGUGCUCUGUAAUCCAGACCAAACACUUGCACAGAAAGAGCUCUGGAUGUCCGUGUGUCCCAAUCAGAAAGAGCUGGUCGGUAUCAUCGAGAAAUUCCCGGCCUCCUUCUUCACCUCUUCAAGUCACCAUGACAACCAGCGCAACAAUAUAGCUUACUUCCAAAGCUUAAACCUCAAUAAGCGAAUGAUCACCAAGCUCAUGGCCAGUGCCCCGCAGAGCUUCAGUCGUCCAGUAGAGCAGAACCAGGACAUGGUCCGCACCCUCCAAAAGACCUACCAGGACCUCGGAGGAGACGAGGCCAACAUGAAGAUCUGGCUUCAGAAGUUGCUGAACCAGAAUCCCUUUGUGCUCCUCAAACCGCCCCAAGUGCUGAGGCAGAACGUGCUCUUCCUGCAAGACAAAGGCUUCAGGACAGCAGAGCUCCUCUACCUCCUCUCCAAACUGAAGGCCUUUGUUAUUGAGCUAAACCCGGACAGCAUGCGCCAGACCCUGACCUACUCCCGGGACACCUUGGGGUGCUCUGACGCAGAGCUGCGAGAUAUCAUCGUCAGCUGUCCGGCGUUACUUUACUACCCUAAAGAUAUUCUCGCCGAGCGCUUUCAGGGGCUCCUCAGCGCCGGGAUCAGCAUGCAUCAAAUUGCACAAACUCCGACUGUGAUGGAACUGACAACACAAAUAGUUAAUUAUCGCAUUCAGAGACUGAAGUCACGUGGCUAUGAUGUAAGGACUGCUAGUCUGGACGUUCUCAAUGGUACUAAGAAGGACUUUGAGGUGAGCUACGGGAAACUACAUUUUCGCAGAGAGAGACCUCUUUUUAACCCCGUGGCUCCUUUAAAAGGGGAUGACUGACGUACAUUUAAACGUCACGUGAUUAGGUGCAGUCAAAUGGGAUCCAAUGUUAAAGCUGUUUCAGAAGUUCUUGCUAUACACGUUUUUGAUUGACACCGUCAGAAACUUAUUGGUUCGACAACAGGUUUAGUUCUGGAGUUGGAUGAGAUGCUUUCGGUUCUGAAAGUCACUGUGCACUUAUUUUUAUUCACAGACAUGUUUCAAUGUAGAACACAUGCGCCUCCUGUAUUCUAUACUUAAACACACAUACGCUGAUUUAUAUAUAUAUAUAUAUAUAUAUAUAUAUAUAUAUAUGGACAGUGUGUCCAAAAAUAGUUUCCGUCAGUCACUUAAACUGCCAUUGACAAAGUCUGUCAGUUCCAGAAUUGGACGCUGUUGUUUACUAGCGCUGUGUGUAGUGCAGGCAGAGAAUGGGACUGGCGUAUUUACGGGUAUGACUAGAUCAAAUUCCAAAAGAAGUGCCUCCCGUGCCGUUAUGGCGACCAUGUUGAAUGUGGCGCAUUGACGUUGCGACCAUGUCAUGAUGGUUCUAACUAUGGUACGUAGAGCACGGGCAGAGAGAGAGAGAGCGAGAGCGGCAUGGCGGCAGUGUUAUCGCUGAGGAAUACAAAACAAGUCUCUAGAGUCUGGAACAUGCUAUUUUUGGUACAAUAACUUUUUUUGUCAAGCCGUUCCCCUUUAGCAACAGAUUUGGAACUAGGAAGCACACUGGAAGCUGCUUUAAGCCUCCCGCAGUGGAUGCCCGGUAAUGUGUGUUCAGUAUCUUGUACUUCAUCACAUUCAUUAAACAAUAAAAAGAUAGAUGACUAGUUAGGGAAGUGGCAGGGUGCUAACGAGAGACGGUGUUCGGUGAGACUAAACGCGCGAGUGUGGAUAUUCAUUUGAACAGACCCAGCGUGUACGUACGUUCGCGUACAUUCUGGUCACAAGCUUUGCUUUUUCAACCACGGGUACCAUAUACAUUAUGACUACACGUAGUCAAGUCACGAUGUAAAACGAUAUUUGAUGCUUUAUAUACUAUUUAUAUGGCUUUAUGCGGCGCGGCUUGCUAAACCCAGAAAUAUGUUUUCCCCGCGAUGUGUGUCACUGCGCUUACAGAAACGUUUUUGUCACAUUUCCUAUGAUGAUUACAUUUUUUUGACAUGCAUACAAAAUGUCCAACUGAAAUUCUAACAAACUACCGUACAGGUAAAAAGAGCUUUGUGUGUGUCGUUUGUUUGAUCUCAGCAGUUGCGCAGUGUUUUCUGUGUUACAAUCUCGGUUCAUCGCGAAGGACCGCCAUGAGAUCGGGACGUUCUUCCACACCAAACUCAUCCGAGCAUACCUCGCUUAGUGCUGUGUGGACAAAGACAAGUUGUUGGAGCGAUGCUUGUUUGCCCCCGAGCAAG